AUGGGCAGCCGGUGCUGCGCGCUGCUGCUGCUGGGCGCCGCUCUGCCGCUGCUGGGCUCGGCCGCCGUCAGCCCCGAGCGGAGCGUGGUGUGGGGCCCCGGGCUGGAAGCGGGGCUCGCCCUGCCCGUGCGCUACUUCUACAUCCAGGCGGUCAGCGAGACCGGACGCAACUUCUCCCGCUCUCCCCCAGGAAGAACACAAUUUAAGGUGGUAAUUAAAGCACUUUCUCCAAAAGAGAUCACCAGAAUUUACACUCCUCACCCUCUGGAUAGAAAUGAUGGCACGUUUCUUAUGCGGUAUCGGAUGUAUGGGAGUGUCAGGAAAGGGCUCAAGAUUGAGAUACUUUAUGGUGAUAAACAUGUAGCUCAAUCUCCCUACAUUUUGAAAGGACCUGUUUAUCAUGAAUAUUGCGACUGCCCCGAAGAAGACCCUGAGAUCUGGCAGAAUGUUUUCUCUUGCCCAUCCCAAGAGCCUCAGAUUACAAAGGACUUCAUUUCCUUUCCCACCAUUGACCUUCAGCGAAUGUUUAAAGAAAUCCCGUCAAAGUUCAGUCAAACAAGAGGUGCUAUUGUUCAUUACACUAUUCUCAAUAAUCACAUCUACCGCCGUUCCUUAGGGAAAUACACAGACUUCAAAAUGUUCUCUGAUGAAAUGUUACUGUCACUGGCAAGAAAGGUUCAUCUCCCCAACGUGGAGUUUUAUCUAAAUGUUGGAGAUUGGCCAGUUGAGUACCGAAAAGCCAAUGAUACACCUGGGCCUAUUCCCAUCAUCUCAUGGUGUGGCUCUGUGGAUUCAAGAGAUAUCGUCCUUCCAACGUAUGAUGUAACCCAUUCGACUCUUGAAACCCUGCGUGGUGUCACAAAUGAUCUCCUUUCUAUUCAAGGAAAUACGGGCCCAUUCUGGGACAGCAAAACUGAACAAGCUUUAUUUAGAGGUCGAGACAGCCGGGAAGAACGUCUCUAUCUUGUCAAGUUAUCCAAGGAAAAUCCAGAACUACUGGAUGCUGGAAUAACAGGGUAUUUCUUCUUCAGAGAAAAAGAAAAGGAGUUGGGAAAGGUUCCGCUGAUGGGCUUCUUUGACUUCUUCAAGUACAAAUACCAGGUGAAUGUUGAUGGGACUGUAGCUGCUUACAGGUUUCCAUACCUCUUGCUGGGUGACAGCCUAGUACUGAAGCAAGAUUCCCAAUACUAUGAACAUUUUUAUACUGUAUUGAAACCAUGGAAACAUUAUGUUCCAGUUAAGAGAAGCUUGGAGGACUUGCUAGAGAAAAUAAAAUGGGCUAAGGAAAAUGAUGAAGAAGCACAAAAAAUUGCUAAAGAAGGACAGUCGAUGGCAAGAGAAUUACUUCAGCCUCACAGACUUUACUGCUACUACUACAAAGUGCUCCAGAAAUAUGCCGAACGCCAAGCCAGCGAACCUGAAAUACGGGAUGGAAUGGAACUUGUACCUCAGCCCGAUGACAGAGACUCAGUAUGCAGUUGCCACAGGAAAAAGCCUUUAAGGGAAGAUCUAUAACUGUACCGGAUGGAAAAAAUCACCCACUUACAAUGCAAGAAUUUAAAUAGGAUUUAAGCUGUGAAAUCCAAGACACUUCCACACUAGCAGACAGUCUUAGUUACAUAUUCUUAUUGUAUUUACAUAUCCUUUUUCACACUGACUCUGGUCUGCAGUGUUGGUUCCCACAGCUUUGCCUCCAUGACCACCAGCGGGCAGAUACUGAGCCUGUAAUGGGGAGCAUUCAGGGGACUUGGUUUCUGUACUGCAUUGUCAUGGAAGAAGAGUGGAGUGCUGCUCGUGAUCCAGAUGGGAUCCAGAUACCAAAGUUUUGUGAGGAACUGGUCAUCCAAAAGAGAUCUCCCAUGAGUCAGGGCAAGUUAAUCUAAAGGAGCAUUUGCAACAUUCUGAAGCAGUAUUAUGAUUUUUCAUAAAGUUUACCUCAAUUUUAGAUUAUUUCUUGUAUACAGAACAAUUUUCUAACUGGACACAGAAAAAGUAAUAUUUGAGAUUUACAGAUUCAAAUCUGGUGUUGCUUUGAGAUCAUUUUGUGGUAUAUGGUGUCACAGAAUAGAGAACACAACUUUAUCAGUUUCAAUGGAAAACUCAGAGGAGGCGGAAAGAUCAGAGUAGUGUUUUUGUAAUCAUGGAAUAAUGGAACCAAAGGGGUUAGAAGGGACCUCUGAGGAUCAUCUAGUUCAGCACCUCUACCAGACCAGGUUCCCUAGAGUUGACUGCACAUAGUUGCUCUGAAUCACCAAAAUUAAAUUCUUUUUUAGUCUGUGUAGCUAUCAAAGCCAUCACAGUCAUGGUGCAGAGUGGCACACCACUCUGAAGUCCUAUUCCUUGCUAUUGACCAUGUCUCUGAAUAUAGGUACAGACCCAUAGAAGGACUUAGCAACUUCAGGGACAGGUGAAAUAUUAGUACAGUUACAAUCUACGCUAUUCUAAGCUACUUGAGUAUUCAUGCAUCUGAAAUUUGUUAGUAAAGUUUUAGACUACUUACUUAGGUUUUACUUUGCUGUAGGGCCUGUGCUUAAGUCCUCAAAUGGAGCUUACCCAUUUUUCUGAAUUUAGAUAAAACCUACUUAAUCUAAUACGGAGAGCACUGAAUGCAGUGAACAGCAGAUAAGCUACCAUUGUUUUGGUAGAAAAACCUGUGCUGCAAUUUCUAUGUAACAGCUGAGGGGUUAGAGCCCAUUUUAAGCAGUGGGGAAGAUAACUUUGUUCGCCUUUAUUUAAUUCAGUGAUGAAUUUCCAAAGUGCCUUAGGUCCAGACAGGAGACGAGUUCAUCAAAUCUUCCACUGAAACUGUGAAGCCAGAAACCUAAUGAUAGAAAAUUCAUAGGGCCUGAAGGAGCUGGCCAUACUGCAGAGAUAAAAUGUACCUUCAGGUGGGAUGAAGAAAGGAUCUUUGUCCUGGAUGCUGCUCCCAGUGGCUCUGCUGAUAUUUACCCAAGAAACUGUGUAUUUCAAAAUGAAUAUAAACUGUCUUGGAAGGAAAGACCUAUGGCAAACCUUCCCACUCCCACUGUGGAGUUCACUGACCAACAAGUAACAUCUGGCUUCCAGACUCAAAGUCAGCUUGUAGAUUUCUGGUAAAAAACCACAAAAAGUUGGUAAUUCAAUUAAAUUCAGAUUACUUUUGAAAUGCAGAGCUGUGAAAAGCAGAAAACAAAUACAUAUGAGUUCAACUGGGCUGAAAUCAUCCAAGCAAGGUAAGUGCUGAAAGCCACCUGCAUCACCAAGCCCAAUACCUCUCACCUCACUCGUGAGUUUUCUUCCAGGAGGAAAACACAAAGAUAUUUGGUGUUUGCACAGUGACAAAACUGCAGUAAGAAAACACAAGUUUUCAGAAUGCCUUGGCUUUUAACUCUGUGGCAUCUGUGUUCUUCCUACUCAGCUACAUUCAGAUAAGGCCUUAUUUGAAUACCUAGUUCUCUUUGUGAAAAAACGAGUGGAAACAUGAUUGUGGACUUAUCUACUCGCUGAGAUGUCCAGAGUUCAGUGUUGUGUGCUUCAUACGGGUUUCAUUCUUGCAUAUGACACUGCAACACUACAAGUUAUCUCAUAAAACACAUGAAAAAAGAUCUGUUUUAGAACAGGAAGAAAAACAAGAUUUUCUGCAUGCUAAAUGUGGAAAGAAUCUCAGGUUUCUAAAACUGUUCCUCGGUUAUUUAUUGCACUAUUCUGGUUAAGACAAAAGACCUGAAACAUCUUGUUCUACCCACUGAGAUACUGUUGUAGCUCUAGCACAAAAAUAGCAGUUGCAUUUUCAUUUGGUAUGGCAAUCGGCUCUUGGACUUCAUAGUAUAAAUAUAUGCUUAUUUUAUCUGUUGGAAAACUUCUGCAUCAGAAUUCAGAAACACAGCUCCACAGCUAAGGGGACACUCAAAACUGGGUAUGUGCUCCUCCUUCCUUCUUUUCUUACGGUCAUUUUGAUUGUACUAUCUGAUCUGAGAUGAUCCAUUAUCUGCACUUUUUAUUCAUCAUAAUUUAUGAAGUGUUGUGCUCAGGAAAGGCCAUUAUGCAUACCAGACAGCUGAAGCAAGAAAAGUUUCCCCUUGCACACAUAUUUCAAAGCAAAAAUCCCCAAAUGAUCUGUUUAUAUGUUAAAAGCAGGAGGGAAUGGAAGGAGUCAUGUUACAUACAUGAGGGUUCUUUGCAAACACCUGUGUAGAAAAGCUUGCCUGGCUUGAAACAUGAGUGUUUCAGACUGGAAGAAGAAGCAGAUAAAACCUAUAUAGGCAUGAAUAUAUUGAAAAAAAAGGUGAAUAUUUUGUCCUCUUUUUUUUCCCCCCCCUUAAAGACAGGGGGGAAAUAAAUCUUCUAAAUUCUCUACCAAGAGCUCCCUGCCAAGACAAGCCAAGUUUUUGACAGAAUGACUUAAAGAUGUUUUAUAGCUUAGAGGCAAGCAAUACCCUGAUGAAUAGGAAUACAUUCAUCUUAUCAAAAUUAAACACAGUAGAGACAGUAGGGUAGAACUUCCAUUAAAUGUGCUUUGUCAUUUGAGAAAGUCUGGUUUAAUUUAUAACUACUGAUCUUGCAAAGAUGAAGGUAUGGCCUCACUUGUUUUCAUUGUUGGUACCAUAUGCAGUUUAGACUGUAAUGAUGAGCAAUCACACCAAUUGCCCCUUGGGGCCAGAAAGAUGUCAGAUCUAUUUUAGUUUGAUGACAGGAUGAUAUUUACUGGCCUGGUGUCACAGGAAUUGCUAAAUAUUCAGUAAAACCUGUUCACGCAAGUAAAGCGUAACGCAGAUGUUGCACGGUAUUUUGAGCUGCAUAUAUAUGCGAGAUUUCUGUUAUUCUCUAGUAGUUCUUGAACAGCAGAAAGUAAAUACCUACUGCACCUAACAGUAUCUUCAUACAGUGAAUAUUCCAGAAAAUUCAUCCCUUUAUAUUGUCCUAAUAUAUCUAAACACCCACAUUUGGAAAUACCCAACAUCAGUUUCAUCUUGAAAUGAGAACCAGUAAAUCACGAUCUGUUGACCAAAGCAGAAAUAUGAAUUCAGCACAUUUUUAGACUGUUUUUUAAGAUUUCCCUCGAGAUAACUAAUAUAUUUGUUUCAUGACAGUAUUGUUCCAGAUCUGCCUUGUAGAUUCAUAAUUAAAAAGCCCUACAAUCAAAGGCUGCCUGAUGGAAUGUUAGAUUCAAGCACCCAAGCUGACGCCUGACAUUUAUUACAUUAGAAAGUAAAUUAUUUAGUUAGGGAGGAGAGCUGAUAGGGAAAACAUCCAUCACCUGUUUGAGCAUGUUUGAGGAGCCUGCAAAGAAAUGGCAAUAAGGAAAAGAAGCGUUACAUAAACCCAGGAUAUUAUCAGCUCCUUUGCAGCUUCAGGUUUUCAAAAGUGUUCUGAAAGGGCAGUGAUGAAGUACAAGAGGUUGUAUGAAUACCAGGUUUAAACACUAGAGUAUGUAUGUGGAUGUAUUUUUUAGCAUUUUAAUGAUGUUUGUGUUACAAGUGGUUGAUAAUGGGAUUGUUUUGUGUAUCUUUUUGAUGACAAUGGGGACAUUCGUAGCACAUGCCUUAAUCCAGUCCCAUUAUGUGACUAAUGAUAAGCAAGAGAUGUAUUAGCAAAACGUGGCCAGUGUCCCGAGUGUCUCCAAGAGGCAACGUAGCCUUCUUCUGCUGAGCCUUUGGACACUACUCAUGUUUAUGUCUCCUUUGGUAAUAUUGUUUAAGUUGUGUAAACAUUUUAAUACUGGCUUACAAGACUAUAAGUCGUAUGUUUACAUUAUUACCAUAUAUCAUCCUAUACCGUAUUCAUGAGUUACACAGAGGAUUUGACAAAAACAAUACACCUAGUUGGCAUUACAUUACUGUCUGAAAUCACAGCACAUGACUUUUUGAGAAGCUGAGUAUAGACUUUACACAUAGGAGACAAUGACAAAAGCUUUGAGCGCGGUUAUGAGUGCUCAAAGUAAUUAAUUUAAGGAAAGGAAAUGUUAAGGUCCUUUUAAGUUAGGUGAAUACUUAAAUGCCAGCGUACUCAGUGUAGGUCACUGCUGAGUGAGAAUGAUCUACCACCAUCCUACUCUCAGUGCUAAGAAAAUUCCAUCAGGAUCCAUCUGUAUCACAUAUUCACGAUGCAGCACAGAGAUACUCGAGACAGCCCGGAAUCCCAGAGGGGCCUAUGACGUAUUCACCAAUUAACCCGACUUAUCCCGGGACCUCAACUGUCCGGGGGAGAGAGACACAAACAUGGAUGCCAUGAUGUCUUCUCUCAAUUUAUUGCUGCGUCACACUCCUUAUAUAUCAUCCUAAAUCCCGCGCAGAUGCGUACACACGCUAUGCAAAACCCAAUGCAUGUGAGAGUACCUGUACACACACCUACUUAAACCCUCUGCCCACUAACUCUUAACCUACAGGCCUAACUCAGCUAUUCUAGAACACUCCAUCUACUCAGAACUACUGUAUGCACUCAUGAAUCCUUGCAAAGACAACUUAGCACCCCAGCAGGCCUAUGCAAAGUAGGAUAAACCAUCAGGUGGUCACCUUCCUGCUAUAAACCAGCAGAAUUGAUUAUUCUGGAUGGAAGUUGGGUAAAAGCCGAUCAAUUCAAGCUCUACAGGAAAGACCUACUACUAUCUCUACUAUAGCGAAUGCCACUUAGAGAUUUGCUUAGCAUGAGAGGACAUUAUUGCUUACCUUCAGGUCAACAAUAACCACACUUCCAGCUACUCUCUUUCUCUCCCAAGAUGUCCAGCCAAUCUGUCACACCUCUCUUCACUGCUGAGAAAUAGUAUUGUACAGCCAGGAUAAACCAAAAUGGCUACACAGAGUUAGCACACUUCAAGGCCAGUAUUUCAUCUUCUGUGCUAUCCACACCAAAGUCCUCACUGUUGCAACAGAAGGAGAUUUGGGUGUUGUAUUAACAUGGCAAUCUGCUGACAGAGAGAAAACGGGUUAAGCUGAAAGCUGGGUUUGCUCCCAAGUGAUGAUGGUUUUGCUCCUACUGUCAAAAUCUUGAGCUGUUACUUCAGGAAAACAUUAAUUUUAUCAGUAUUGCUUAUCUCACUGAAUGAAUUAUGUCUAGAUAAAUGCUUAAUAACACCAAUAAAACCCCAAAUCAAAGAAAACAAAA